CUCUCCCGGUUGUGUCGCUGUCGGUGCGGAGUUGCUGCAGCCAUGUCCGGUCGCGGGAAGCAGGGCGGCAAGGCGCGGGCCAAGGCCAAGUCGCGCUCGUCGCGGGCCGGGCUGCAGUUCCCCGUGGGCCGCGUGCACCGGCUGCUGCGCAAGGGCAACUACGCGGAGCGCGUGGGCGCCGGCGCGCCGGUGUACCUGGCGGCCGUGCUGGAGUACCUGACGGCCGAGAUCCUGGAGCUGGCGGGCAACGCGGCCCGCGACAACAAGAAGACGCGCAUCAUCCCCCGCCACCUGCAGCUCGCCAUCCGCAACGACGAGGAGCUCAACAAGCUGCUGGGCAAGGUGACGAUCGCGCAGGGCGGCGUGCUGCCCAACAUCCAGGCCGUGCUGCUGCCCAAGAAGACCGACAGCCACAAGGUGAAAGCCAAGUGAGCGCAGAAGAUAAAAGGCUGCGAAGUUUAACCAGAGAAACCCAAAGGCUCUUUUAAGAGCCACCCACUUUCUCAUAAAAGGGCUAAGUUGC